AUGUUCAAGCUGGUAUGUCUUUUCGCCCUCGUCGCCGUGGCCGCCGCCAAGCCCGGCUUCCUCUCUCUGGCCCCAGCCGCGAUCGAGACUCGCCACACGGUCCUCGGUAGCGAGACCACCGUCGAGUCCCACGGCAACAGCGUCGUCCAUGCCUCCGCACCGGUCGUGACCGGCUAUGCCGCUGCACCAGCCGUCGCCGUCCACGCCGCCCCGGUUCUCGCCAAGCAAGAGCUCCUCUCCGAGAAGACCACCAUCGAGUCCCACGGCAACAGCGUCGUUCACGGAUCCGCCCCGGUCGUGACCGGCUACGCCGCGUACGCCGCACCAACCUACUACGCCGCCGCCCCAGCGCACUACGCCUACGCCGCCUCACCCUUGGCCUACGCAGCUGCCCCAGCUCACUACAUCUACUAA